UCGUGGUGUUACAUCUUUAGCCAAACACGAAAGAGAAGAGUAUAGAGAUUAGAGAAGAAGACGACGACGCUUACCCAAAGCUCGAAUCCCUAGGUUUUGGCUAAAAGAGCAGUUAUUGUUGUGUCUAUAUUAGCGUUUAAAUUUCGAUUCUUGUUGAAGAUAUGAACCUAACCAAGAAAGCACCGACCGCCCCGUCAAGUGAUCCAAAGCUAAGCUCAAGUCUCAAGCCAACAACUUUGAAUCCUCAUGCUGCUGAGUUUGUUCCGUUUACUCUACGCUCUCCUUCAUCCGCCGGACCUACUACAAGCAACUUGGAUGUUACGACACCAAGACUUUUGGCUUCCUCUAGCUCUGUAGGGAAAGCUGUCAUGGACCGAUCCGAGUCAUCUGCAUCACAUCUGUCAGAUGAAGAAGCAAGCCAGUUCUGGAGUCACCAACUUCCUGAUGAUAUUACUCCAGACUUCAAGCUGAUGACUCAAGAUGACAAUUCGUAUGGUUCUGGGAGCUUCUCACUAGCUAGCUUGUCCUUGUAUGACGCUGCUAAUGAAGCUGAAAACUCGAGUGGAGCAGGAGGGUUUGUGUUUUCUGACCAACCUGGAUUAUUAGCUCCACAUAAUGCUAAUGGGCAUAACUUGUCGGAGAAGGGUAGAUAUCCCAUCUCUUCGUUCGGGGAAGAUCCUCAACGACAGAGUUUCAUGCAUCUCAGUCCAAAGCCUUGGGAUAAGCAGGUUAUGAAUGCUGAGAAGCUUCUUGGUAAUGAUAGGGAGAGAAACCCUUUCAGUGGGAAUUCCCCAUUCAUUAACGACAUGAUUUCCGAGAAUCCAAAUGUAGGCGAAAUGGAGUUGAACCCUGUGGAGUUUCUUGCUUCUCAGUUCCCUGGAUUUGCUGCUGAAAGUCUUGCAGAAGUUUAUUUUGCUAAUGGGUGUGAUUUGCAUUUGACAGUUGAGAUGCUUACUCAGCUUGAGCUACAAGUGGAUAAUGGUGUGAAUCAGAACAUGAGGCCUAAUUUUCCUGCUCAGGCUCCUGCUCCUAAUCUAACUCCCAUGGAUUUUCCUGCCCUUAGCAUCUCAAAUAGCCAGGGUAAUCCUGCACAGUUUGGUGGGGAUGAUAUGCAACAAACAGGAAAUCAUUACCAAUCUGCUGGAAAGGAUAAUAUGUUUUUCUUCAAGUCGGGCCCGUCAGUUUCUCAGCCUGGUUCAGCCGAUUAUGUUUCCGCCGUCAAGAAGCUAGCGUCCCAGGAUACUGGUUUGUGGAAAUAUGAACGAAACGAUUCAGGAGACUCAUCUAUUGGCUCGAGCAGAAACUAUCAUGCUUCACAUGGUGGUGGUGCUUACAAGAGUGGGCGUGGGAGGAGUAUAUAUUCUGAUAAGCUGCUAAAUCAAUCCCCAAAUCGCCCUGCUCCUGUCGCCUGGCUGGAGACCGGGGACGCAGUUGGGAAUAUGUAUUCUGACUUGCGCGAGGAAGCACGUGACUAUGCACGUCUGCGAAAUUUAUACUUCGAGCAGGCACGGCAAGCAUACCUUGUGGGCAAUAAGGCCUUAGCUAAAGAUUUAAGCGCCAAGGGACAGAUGCAUAACAUGCAGAUGAAGGCUGCUCAUGGGAAAGCUCAAGAAGCUAUUUACCGUCAGAGGAACCCGGUGGGUCAAGGGAACAGUAGAGGGAGCGAAAGAAUGAUAGACUUGCAUGGUUUACAUGUUAGUGAAGCACUUCAGGUGUUGAAGCACGAACUGAGCGUGUUGAGGAGCACAGCUCGAGCAACACAAGAGAGGCUUCAGGUUUACAUAUGCGUAGGGACUGGCCACCACACAAGGGGUUCCCGCACAGUGGCUAGACUCCCAGUUGCUGUACAGCGCUACCUACUCGAAGAAGAAGGCCUUGACUUUUCCGAGCCUCAGGCUGGUCUCCUUAGAGUCAUCAUAUACUGACUAGAAAAGCCAGGUACUUAUAUAGGAACCCAAGCGAUACACGACCGGAAAGGAAAACAAACAAACAAAAAAAAUCGACCACGCUAUUCAUUUUUGUUGUAUCUGUUCUGUACAUGGGAAGUCAAGGAGAGAGAGUAUCUGAAAAUGAAGUACCAAAAAAAAAGUUAGGAAAGAGAUGAAGGCAAGAAGGAAGGAUUGAAGAAGAAGGCUUAUGCUAAAAUGUUUUAGGUUUGUUAAGAAAAUACUUUUUGUAGCAUUAGAGGAUCAAUCAGACCUCUUACUGUUAUCUUUUUGUGGGGUUUUAUCUGAUGUUUUGUUGAUUCUCUAUGCUUUUACAGUUUUACUCUUAUAUGCUUAUACACUCCUUUCAUCUGGAAAUGCUUAUAUUUGUAAUUCUGUUAGAUUCAGUGUUCAUCGUGAUUAAGUCUUUGCUUUGAUGAAUCAAAAGGUAAUAGAAAAUAGGUAUUCAAUAAGCAUUUUUUGCUCAAGCUCUAAUCAUGAGCUCAUAUACAUUACUGUUGUUCUCUCCGUUAACACGCUUAAGCAUUUCGAAACUUUUCCUGCUUCCUAGUAACUCGAUUCUUGGGAAAAUCAUGUAUCCAUCAUCCGAUUCCUCUUUGUUGCAAUAGACUGCUCUUAGACGGUCUGCGUGCCUCGAGUCAGUGUGUAUCGCAACUUCUAUUUCGUGAUCAGGCAAGUCUUCCUGCGGAGACAAGGAAGAAGAAGCAUCUGGUUACUGUGAAACUCAAGGGGUCUGGUCUAUAGAUCUUCACAUCAUCAAUCGUUCCUAAUUAAGAGAAUGACUUACUCCAUGAACAAUCAUCAAGAAUGUUGUUAUACCUGAUAAAAUCUGUGGAUGUAGUCUAAAAUUUGCAGGCAAGUGAAACCCGUAUCACUGAAAUAAGUCCGUGAAGAAGGUCCCAUCUCCGAGAAUCGAUCAGCUGGAUAUAGAAUUGUAAGGAAGUUGUCUUUAAAUAUUACUUCUGUCUUCUCACU